AUGACUACUCAUAAUCAGGCUUGGCACUCAAACAAUGCUGAUGUGGUACCGUAUGUUAGUGCUAUGAUCCAGAAUAUAGUAAAGGAGAAUCAAGAUACCCAGCAAACAUUGACAGAACUUGCAACAAAUAUUUCCUUGCUAACAAAGAAGUUUGAUGAAUCCCAGAUUAAGAAGGGGGUUACCAAAGACAGAACUACCAAGGUGGUUACCAGAAUCAGAAUCAAUGGAGACUUCAGCAAGGUCAAGGUGCUUAUAACAACUCAAGGAACUACAACAAUAAUUAUGGUGGUGCGAACUAAGGGAGCUACAACAACAACAGCAAUUUUGAGAACAAGAGUUCCAAUCUUAUAUACCACUGAAAGGGCAGUGAACAGAGCAAGGGCUGAGAAAAAGGUGGUUGAUCUUGAGCCGAUAGAUGAAGAGGAUGAGGUGCAGUCUGAAGCACCCAUUAUUGUUGAUGAGAAUCCUGCUGACAAGAAGGUUGCUGAUAUUCCAAAGAUAGUGAAGGAUGCUGAUAACACAAAGGUUGGUAAGAAGAAGGAGGAUGCUAAGUUCAAGAACUUUUAUGAUCAGUUGAAGCAGUUAUCUCUAAAUUUUCCCUUCUUGGAAGCUAUCAAGGAGAUGCCCGGUUUUGCUAAAUAUUUGAAGGACCUGCUGACCAAGAAGAAAAUGGUUCAACAUGAAACCGUAAGUUUGACUCACACUGUGAGUUCUAUCAUCUCAACUACUACUAUUCAGAAAAAGGGAGAUCCUGAGGCGUUCACCAUUCCUUGUUCUGUUGGGCACCAUGAUUUUGCUCGUGCAUUGUGUGAUAAUAGGGCGAGUAUCAAUUUGAUGCCUCUUGCUAUAUACAAACAAUAA